AGCUUCAGAAGAAUAAACUUUUUCAGUUUUUGAGGCGUGCACUAUGUUGAUUCUUCUCCAAAAUUGAGAGUGAAGGUGAAUCUGAGCGUCCUCAUCGCAUAAUGGUGCUUUCCAGAACCAGUAAUGAUUUUUACGAGGCUUUCUGGUGAUUGAGGCUUUUAAUUUUUAGCAAUUCCUGUGAAGGAGAAUGGAUCAUGCGUGCGCGCGCUCCCAUCAGCAUGACGAGAAUCGAGUUGAGAGCGCGCGCGACAGACGAAUGGCAAUUCUAGUCGUCAUGUUGUUUUUUGUUGCGGUUCUUCCAUAUGCGCUCACAACACACUUGGCUGUCAUAUCCCCCCAGGAUCCAGUGCUUCAUAUCGGCUCGAGUUUGACUGCGGUGUGCACCAUUAGUGCUGAGCUGGAAAUAACAGCUAGAUCCUUGUACUGGACGCUGAAUGGAAAACGCUUGGCUAGAAACACUUAUAAGGUCCUUAGUCCGACCGAAUCCAGCGUCACACUCCAUCAACUCAAUGGCUCCAUGCAGCGGUCAGGAGACAACCUGGUUUGCCACCGAAGCAACGGAGAAGUGUUGGCUGGAUCAUGUCUUUAUGUUGGCUCACCCCCUGAGAAACCCGUCAACCUGACAUGUUGGUCACGAAACACCAAGGAUCUCAGCUGCAGAUGGAGUCCGGGAAGUCAAGGAGAGACAUUCAUCAACACCAAAUACAUCCUCAAGUACAAACUAAAAUGGUACGGUAAAGAGAAAGACUGUGAGGAAUACACAGGACAGCUGUAUAUAUGCUACGUUCCUCGUGACCUUGCCAUUUUCACACCAUAUGAAGUUUGGGUGGAGGCAUCCAAUCAGCUCGGCUCUGCCACUUCUGAUGUCAUCACCUUAGACAUUUUAGAUGUAGUAACUACAGAUCCGCCUCCUGAUGUCCUUGUGAGCCGCGUUGGAGAUCUUGAAGAUCAGUUAAGUGUACGUUGGGGCAGUCCUCCUGCCCUGAAAGACUACCUAUUUCAGGCCAAGUAUCAGAUACGAUACCGUGUGGAGGAGAGCGACGAAUGGAAGGUCAUAGAUGAUGCUGGGAACCAGACGUCUUGUCGGUUAGCGGGUCUCAGGGCCGGCACAGUGUAUUUCGUCCAGGUACGCUGCAACCCAAUAGGCAUCUAUGGCUCAAAGAAAGCAGGUAUUUGGAGCGACUGGAGCCACUCGACUGCUGCGUCGACACCUGGCAUUGACAGGUCACAUAUUGGUUUGUGUGAUUCGAAGCCCAGCGAGCACAACUCAACGCUACGAAAGGAGCUUAAGCAGUUUUUCGGCUGGAUGCGGAAACACUCUUACGGCUGUACGGACGCCAGCAUCAAACUCUACGACCAAUGGCGUGUCUGGCUGCAGAAAGCCCAGAAAACGCACGACCAGGUACUACAAAGCGGUAAAUCAUAGUGAAACUCUAAAGAAGGCUUGGGAGAGUUUGCGGGGGCCUGCGACAAGGGUUUUAUCACUCUCCAGUGCUUGAGACUUUCAUUUGGAUGAGCCAAGACUCUGAAGGGAUCUGCAAGGAGCCUGUCGUUUGGCGACAUGAUCUACUGUUUGCCUCCUGCUGUAGUCCCCAUCAAAUACGUCAAAGGAAGCGCUUUUGUCUCAGACAUGUUAUUUAUGAGGGCAUUAAAAACAAAGAAAGACUCCAAAUUAUGAGAGAGCGUAUAAAAAAAUAAAAUAAUAAAAAAGGAGAUAAUGGGGGAUUCUCUCAUUCUUAUUGACCUUUCAUCCAAAAAUAAAAGACCUUUGCAACUCAACACAGACAACACAAAACAUUUCUAGAGAAUUCGGAAGCAACACUUUAAGACUGUUUAAAUAUUUGUGUCUUAAACUGAUAGUUCGCUUAUAAAGUGAAUGUGAACUGGGGCUGCCGAACUCUACAAUGAGCAAAAGCACAAUAAAAGCAUCGUAAAUCUGACUUGUGGUUAAUUCUUCUGAAGUCAUAUAAUAGUGUUGUGUGACAAACACAUUGAAAUUUGAGUUGUUAUUCACUGAAAACCAUGAUAUCCUUCCAAAAGCUAGUUCAUGAGAGAAUUUGAAAUGUUGUGAAUGAAUCGUUCUUUGGAACCAGAUCUUUUGAAUGAAUCAAAAGUUCCAGUUAAUGCGCAUAUCUGUAUAAAUCAUUCACAAAUCUUUGAGUUCAUUUAACUAAUAUGUCUUUAGAAGGCUGAAUAUAGACACAUGGACCACU